GACGAAGAUCUCGUGACGUUAGUCGAAUGGUGUGAUUUAGAAAAGCGUAUUGAUGGAGCAUUCGGCAUAACUGGCCUUGACUUACUGGUCGGGGCGAGUGGUUUUAAUGCACGUGAAUAUAACUGGCAUAUACCCAGCGCCCUCAACCAGCACCUGACCGGAGCCCUAUCCAGCGCCUAUCUGUGUAUGCGCCUUUGA